CAGAUAUCUCCAGACACCCUGGGAUUGUUCGUACCGAUGGAGUCGGUUAUCGUAGUUCCAGUUCGUUAUUUGGCACUACUGUACAUGGCGGGUACUUUGAAUAUCCGGAGCGACAUUCUCUGGGGUGGAGUUGUCUUUUGGAAACUAAAAAGUUGUGAAGAGAGACUGGCGAGGAGAGGAGGCAAAUACAAAGUGCUUGUGUUUUCUGUAUGGAAACUAAAAUGGCACUCAUCUUCCACUAUUCCAGGACAAAGAGCGUCGGGUGGAGAUAAGAGCUGAGGAGAUGUGAAGUAGGAGGUUAUAGAACGAGCUCGUGCCAUCCACCUUUGCUGCAUGCACGAUCUUUUGUGCAGACGUUUGCUGAGAUGCUCGCUCGCCUGGUUUUCGACUCGAGUGGAUCACUGGUGAAAAUACUCUCGUAUAUUACGCUGUACAAUCCGUACAUCCGGGGGUUAAGAUGACGUUGGCUUUUGCAUCGCGGAAAUUCUCGGGUGAGUCCUUUGAAUGAAUUGAAUUUAUCAAACGUUCACCGUGAGGAAAUUUAUUCCAAGAAUUCCAAGGUCUAUAUUUUGUAAUAACUCACACACUGAUUCGCGCCCAAGAUUUUAUUGAAAAUCUUUUUUUUUUGAAAAUUUCGCUGUGCAAAAAGAAAUUUUUGAUGAAAAUUACACCUCUGAAGGGCGAACCGAUGAACGAAAUGAUAAUGACCCACCUUUUAGGCUAAUUUUUAUAAUGAAUUUAACCUUUACCCCUCAUUUCACCCCCUGAACUCCUAAUUUUUACCCAAAAUUUCUCUCCGUAUUUUUUUUCCUCCCCAUCGCUGGAAGAAACUGAUCCAUCAAUUACCAAUGCCUUCUACACUGCAAAAAUUGGUGGUUCAGUUUCAUAUACAGUAAACUACCCAAUAGACAGACUGUCAGAAAAAAUUUAAGCCUCCCCUACCCCCCUCUCACCCCCGUGAACCGCCAUUCGUCAUCGAAAGUAUCAAAACUCAAGCGCGAAACAACCCCCCAUCGAAAUCUGUCAAUAUUUUCCCAAAAGAAAACUUCACGGUCAUUGAUCUCCCCCCCGGUUCGCCUUCUCCUCGAAUUAAUUCACUAACCCACCCUCAUCCAGUCGUGAGGGAAUCCCCCACGUGUUCAAACACCUCAAUUGCAGUCUGACGCACAUUUUUUUCCACUCCCCUCCGUUGCACUCGUACACAAGCCCACCGCAAUGUAACAGAAAUAUUUUUCAUGCUUUUCCCUUUACUGACGGGGCUCCCUCCACCCCCUGGCGCAACUCCACCCCCAACAGUAUAACAAUCUCCCCAGUACAGUGCCCCAGAGACAUGAAGAAAGAGACAAUUUUCUAGUCAUUGGUAUUGGUGGACGCUUUCAUCUCACGUUCCAAUCAUGUACAGUCACAUUUGCGUAUGUGUAUGUGUGUGUGUAUAUGUGUAUUUAUGGAUGAGAGGACACAUCCAUAGUCACGAUGAGUCUGAAGACUGCUCUCUCCAUAUUCCCCUCGUUCAACGCACAACAUAGAUGUGUGGAAUGGUACUAACGUGGGUUAAAGUCAGUGGGGUUGAGACCUUCUGUGAUUGUGUGUGUGUAUGUGUGUGUAUCGGCGUGUAUGAAGGAACAAAACUGUAAGGGGGAACUUGACACGCGUGUGUUCCACCCGAGUUUUGGCUUUAGUUUAGUUGCAGACACCGGGCACGGGUGUCACUUCUAAUGCACUCAUUUGUGCUAAUUUAUUGUAUUAAUUAGCGAUUAAAGUGUCGAUUGUCAUUGGGUGGAUACUCCAGUUGAUUGUGACGGUUGCGUAAAUUUUAUUAUUAAAUUAUUUAAUCGAAAAAACCGACGGUGUCAGUCGAUACGAAAUUUAAUCAGAUUUUUGGAUUUUUCGUGUCAGUGGGGGUGACAAGGGGUGGUAGUGUAUCAAUGAUUAUAUCAAGGAUUAUAUGUGUAUAAUAAAUACCAGAUCUUGGGUGUACACGUGACAAAAUCAAAUGGAUUAAACAAACCAAGUGUUAUCUACCUGCAUUAAUGUUUCGAAGUGAAUUCAAGUGUUCGAAUGUUAAACUUCGGUUGAAUUUUAGUUUUGGUUCGUACAACUAAGGCCCAUAGUUCAGUAAAACAGGGAAUAAAGUUCUACCUCAGUCAUUUUCAUCGUGUUGUGUUUGGCCAUGCGUUUAUAAUUGACUCAGUGAGGUAUCAAGAGUGAUUAAAAGUUUAUCUCACCAUAAUUAAUGAAAACUCACAACUGCCAGUGAAUAUAUUAAAAAUAUUCUGUAAUCAUCAUUGCACGUGACUGCUAUUACCGAAGUACAGCAAUUAGGAUCAUCGAAAUCUGAUGGAAAUCGACGUUCAUCGAGUCGAAAUUUGUUUCAAUCACUUCCCACGCUGUUCCCCAUUGAAAAAUCAAACUGACACUCCAUAGAAGUAAAAAAUCUGGGCCUUACGAAUCCGGACAAAGGGACAGCAUCCAGUUUACAUGAGAAAAAAAAAAACGUGACGUACCGUCGCGACGACUGUGAAACACUUGACCCGGCAGAAGAGAUCGCCCGCCCGCGAAGACAACUACAGAGUGAGAGGUUUUCAUUCUCACUUUACGCAAAAAGCAGCGGCUAAACAUGAGCUAGAAUUAACAGUCCAGUGGAAUCAGAAUCACGAUAUGAUGCCAAAGAGCUGUCUCCAACGGCCAGAGUACAGCACAAAAAACAUCAAACCCAUUGAGAUUGUAAAAAAAAACGAACAGUGAUUCCAAAAGGAGAAGAUGAACCGUGUCAUAUUUUCGGUGGUGAAAAGAUUUCUGGACAAAGACAGAUCGCACGGGUCGAGUGGUAUAAGGAACACAUGUGUGUCACUCUACUUUCCAUCACCAGCAGAUUGACCUUUGGAGAAGAUACAAAAGCAGGAGAAGAAAAAAAAAAUAUAACCGAAAAAGGGGGGGAACAAGGGGGAGAUCAUUAGGAGUCAUUCAAACUCGAGUUAUAGGACUGGGGGAGGGAAGUUUACAGCUAGCGCCAUUACCGGUUGUUUGUGUUUGGUGUACGUUCAAGGCCGCUCGAGUGACUGUGCAGCGAAGACAAUUCCAAUUUGGUUGGUAUCCACGAGAGCAGAAAGGCCCUUUGACAUGAGUUUGUACUAGCAGAGUGAUCGAACAACGUAUUACAGUACCAAAUGCAUCUGGAGAUAUUGUGGAUACAGGGUGAUAGAUUUUGAUGCCACUAAUGGUGAACUUGGACAAUGUGUUGGGGGGAAUGGAUUCAUAGGGAGAUGGAAUCAUAAGGCUGGGUGGGAUAUUCACCCUGGAAGUGAUCAAAUUGACUUUGGUGUUGAGGUGGAUUGGACUGUUUGUGACGAUAGAUUAUUGUGAAUGAAAAAAAAACAAAGUGAAGAAACAAGUGUUUGAGGUGAAUACAAAGUGUGUCACGAUGUCGUUCAUGCGUGUGCUUAUUGUUGGAUUGUUAAGUUGGAGCUGUUGGGCUGCAGGUGAUGAACUCCCGGAUCCCAUCAACAAAGGUCCCAUAAAACUUGUGUGGGCAGAGGAAAAUGAAGAUGUGGAGUUACCAUGCGAUGUCACUCCACCAAUCAUGGACGACAAGGUGGCCAUGGUCCUGUGGUUUAAGGAUGAAAUGGGCCAGGGGAUUCCUUUUUAUUCUUACGAUGCCAGAAAAAAUGGUGGGCCCGUACACUUUCCCAUAUCCAAUGAUUUGGGUAAUCGUGCAAUAUUUGACAUCAGCCAUUAUCACCAUGCAAGCUUGAAAAUUCGCAAGGUAACACAGCAGGACCAGGGCUUGUACAGAUGUCGUAUUGAUUUUUUCAAUUCACCAACACGUAGUUUUCAAGUGAAUCUCACACUGAUCGAACAUCCUUCGAAGCCAGUGAUUUACGAUGCCCAGGGCAGAGAGGUUCAGGGGGUUUCGCGAUUCUUCGAGGGAUAUGAUUUGAGACUCACCUGUCAAGUGUCAGGAGGUAAACCAAAACCAUUAGUCACGUGGUGGAGGGAUGGGGAGCUUCUUGAUGAAGAUGUUGAUGUUCCGGAGAUGUCCGGUACGAUUUCACUGUCCAGUAAAUUCACAGUCAAUCAUCUGUUUAUUGGGAAGGUAACCAGAGCUUUGUGGGGAUCUAAGCUGGAGUGCAGAGCACAGUCAGGAUCGAUAUCGAGUCCUGUGGUGAGAGAGGUUCCUUUGGAUAUUUAUCUGAAGCCUGUUGCAGUGAAAAUACGCCUCAAUGACGACUUCAUUCUCGCUGGGCAUCCAAUAGCUGCGGUAUGUGAAACAUGGGGCAGCUGGCCAGCCGCUACCCUGGCAUGGAGUCUCGGUGGACUAAAAUUCCGUGACCCAAGUGUAGCGACAACCCAACGAAGCAAUUCCACGCUGAGUAAACUUGCUCUUGUACUUGAUCGCGAUGACGAUGGCAAAGAGUUGAGUUGUACAGCGGUCAAUCACAAUUUUCCUGGUGGUGAGCUCAAAGAGAUUCGUCAACUUCGAGUUGCCUAUGCACCCAUCGUACAAGCUCAUCUUGCCGUAGGCUAUAUUUUGGACUCUUUGCGGGAAGGUGACGACCUGAAACUGAUCUGCAAUGUCCAGAGUAAUCCUCCACCCAGUGAAAUUGUGUGGUAUCAUAACGACACUCGACUUGAGCAUGACGUUACAACAGGCAUUCUCGUUGCCUCCAACACAUUGACAUUGAGGGUCUUGAAUCUCGGACACUCGGGGGAAUACACCUGUUACGCUCGGAAUAGAGUCGGUGAGGGUCGUAGUUUACCUCUUCGGAUUCACAUGAAGUUUGCUCCAAGAUGUCGUGUAGGAUUUGAAUCAACAGACAUCCCCGUGGAUCUGGGCGAGGUUGUAAAACUCUACUGCGAGGUGGAGGCGUUACCCAGUGACACAGUACGAUUUUCCUGGACAUUUAAUGGGACCAGAGGAGAUGUUCUCCCUGUGCAAAAUUCCAAACCAAGAAAUCAGGGUGUCACAAGUAUUUUAGAGUACACACCCCUAGUGGAUGGGGAUUACGGUACACUAGGAUGUUGGGCAAGCAACAGCAUUGGAAGACAACGAGCACCUUGCAUAUUCAACAUUAUUCGGGGUAAAGUGCCACAGCCACCAGUAGACUGUGCACUGUACAACGAGAGUAGCGCACUCGAGGUAAAUUGCAUCCCCGGUUCGGACGGUGGUUUGCCUCAGCACUUCCUGCUAGAAGUACGUGGCUCUGCAGUAGGCUCAGAGCUCUUCCAAACCUCCCACACUCUCCAGACACCACAAAGUGACCAGGGGGUGGCGGGUGAAGUUCCCCCAAUUUAUAGAACGGAAAAUCCACGUCCAACAUUUCAGCUUCAUGAUUUAGAACCAGGUUUUGAAUAUACAUUGGCAGUUUAUGCUAUUAAUCAGCGGGGGAAGAGUGAGCCGAGGCUCAUACGAAAUGUCCGGAUUACGGAGACCGUUGGAAGGAAUCUUGGACAGUCUGGAGGUGCGGGUUUUGUCAUCAAUGGACUCAAAAGUUUUAUUCCCAGUGGUGAAGCCCAGAAUAUGAUGAUUAUUAUCAUUGGAGUUGUUGUGGGAGCGGUUUCAUUCAUCGGCAUUGGAAUAUUUAUCGGUGUUGCUGUAUGCAGAAAACGUUCCCGUGCCCCAGAGCGCUCAACUCCCGACGAUUUCACAAUACCCACGUACGUAUCAGCUCAACGUAUUGAGCCAAGAGUGAGAUACAGUAGUGACAGAAGAAGAUCCCAAAGAACAAGUCUUUACAUGGAGGAAAAUAGAAACGAACCAGAUCUCCUGUCACAGGUGGAGAUUGACAUGCAGAGAUAACGCAGAAGGUAAUGAAUAAUUAAAUUUUGUCACUUGUGGGGAGAUGGAGAUGUCACUACCUCUCGAGGAAAAUUCCGUCCGAGGCUUUGCUGCAAGAAGCCGUAUUAUUUUAUUUUUUUUAAUGAGAGAAAAUACGGUGGGGUGUUCCUUGUGAAAUAAAUUUAUUCAAGUACUUCCUGUAAAAUCAGUGGCUACACGACAUGAUGAAACGAUAAUUUGUCAUGAUUUUUGUAUUGUCUCACGCUUAUGAAUUUCGGUGAGAGAGUAAUUCAUGCAAAGUACUCGAUUCGAAGAGUAAAAAAUCUCCCACCGUAGUUUUUUCUUCGGGCAUUGUAUACUUAGCCAUAAAGAAUCCAUAUUUCAUUUCACGAAAAAAUAUGGAGUAAUUCCAAACUGUGGAAGCACAAUGAAUAGGAGUUUGAAAAGUUUAUAAAUAAAGAAUGUUGAGAAUUCCUGUGGGAGCAGCCGAUGCUUUCCUCAUUGUUCCAUCAACUUGAGGUUUAUAAAAAUCCGUGCAAUGAUGAAUGAAAAUAAUUUUCUGGUGCCGUGUAUCAAGUAUUUAUAGUGUAUAGUAAUUAGAAUAACGUUGAUUGUAUGAACAUAAAUUGUAACGUAGUACAUUUGCUGUAGUUAUCAGUACGUAUUAUGUGCCACGAGUGCCAUGAAAGAGAUUAAUGUACAAUUAUUUUUACAUGCCAUUAGUUUUAAGAGGUCGGCACUGUCCUAUGAUUAAUUGAUGUACCAUAACGGAUUCCACGAUUAAUUAAUUAACCUUGCUCUAAAGUUCUUCAGAAAAUGUAUUAUUAGAUUAUAUAAAUGGAGAGUAACGUAAAUAUACAUCACCUGAUUUUUUAAAAAAUUCAUCGCAUUCGAAUAGUGUUUCAGGAAUAUAAAAAAUUCAGGAAGCUCUAGCGUCGCAAUUUCACCCACUGAAUUUUUAAUUACUUGAAUCGUCGAAGCUGAUCAAUUACGUUCCAUCAAACAGCCGAGCAAAUUUGUUACCAUUUCCGAUAGACUCCCCCGGUCUCCUUCAAUGUCUCAUCCCCAUCCCCUCUCCCCUUCAAAGAAAUUACGUGAUUCUGAUUCAGUUAAUUCUAAAAUUGAUAACACACGAUUUUAUUUAUUUCUUUUAUUGUGUUUCAUCGUGUUUGAUUUAGGAAAUUUGUGCAACUUUGGAAAGCAGUCAUUCAUUAUUCACUACACAGUGGGGUAAGAAAAUUCGAGCGUUGAAAACUUAAUUGAUUUCAUUUCUGUCGAGAUUGUGAACGAAAAUAUAUAUGAUUGGAGGCGGCAUUCAAUGGCAUUUUCCCAAGAAUCGAAAGACAAAGUUUUCGAAUUGAUGAGCUUGCCUAGCGAGGCAGAUAGACAUUCAAGAUAUUGGAAGAUAUUUGAAAGCUAUUGUUAACGGGCAAAGUCAGUGCCAUUAUGAAAGGUCACACUGAAAAGUACUGAAAUACUUUCCAAACUUGGUGGAAAUCAUUACAAUACUUAUCAAACUAUUCUGAGAUACUUUACUAGAAUUGUCGUAUCCGAUAUAGCUAUUGAUGAUAAUUUAUUGCGGUGUAAUGGUAACUUUACGCUCAUCAUAAUUUUCAGAUUGACGGUGAGAGCGUGUAAUAAAGAAAAACUGAAAUUUUUCUCUUUCGCAUGAUAAAACAAAAGUAAUUGGAUUUUUCAAAUAAUUUUUAUUAUGUCUGUCGAUGGCUGUUGCAGACAUUCGUUCAGUCUUCCAUCUCGAAGAAUCCUUCCUGAAAAGUGUGUGAUAAAAUCCUACUGUUCACUGUGUAUGAAAGUGCAGGCUCUCUAUAAAUAUGAUUCACAGCUACCGUUGAAAAUAGAUUGCCUCUAGAGGUAUGGUAGAAUCAAGAGCUGAAGAAGCAGAAAGUGUGAAAAGAUAGAAUAAUGUUCGAAGAACACUGAAAGACUGAUGUGUAACCAUAUAAACCGGAAAUAUUCACAUUGAAAUAUGAUGUUUCCAAAUUAUUGACAACCGGUUAAAAUAUUCAGUGAAAAAUAUCCGCUAAAAACCAGCACCAAUCAACUUAUUAUAAAAAAAUCCCAGGUAAAUAUAUCCACUAACAUUAAAA